AUGAGUGACAGGGGAGAGGAGGACUUGUUGUAUAAUACUCAACCCAGCGACAGCCAGGACAAAGCAAUAUAUGAAGAACUCAAGCUCAAGCUUGGACACAAAGACAAGGACUCUUUUCAACAAGGCCGAUUAGUAUCUACAACAGUGACCCCAAGGAACCUAACCACAUUCGUAGCAGAUGAACCUUUUGAGACUGUGAAAGAUCUGAUAUACAACUAUGCCAAGGACAAACAUGUUCGCGUGACAUUUGCGCGACUCAUGAAGAAGAGAAUGAACUAUAACCAUCAGGAUACGUAUACUGUGCAAGUUAACAUGGUCUUUGAUGACUAUGAUAAUAACGUGGCUGGAUCUCAUGAACAGGAUAGACUGCUUAGCCGCCGUGACGAAGCCAGGUUGAUGUUCCAAAACAAGAUGCUGAUCCUCCUAAAGCUGUGUGUUUCAGUCUGGGUGCUAGUGUUGGAUGCAGGAGCACAGGUCGACAUUUGUGGUAGUGAAUCAGUGCUAGUUGCCAACUCAACGCCCCAGACACUCCAGAACACAGAUGGGUUUUCUUCACAAUGUACAGUACAAAUCACCGUGCCAGCUGGUUCCUCUUUGAAACUUAAUUUCACCAGACUAAGUGUCACGGAACUAGAUAUUGAGCUAUUUGCGAAUGAUUCGUCAGCCAACAGCCCGAGCUUUGCAGACGUCAUCAAAAAUGCGGAAGACGGCAGAAGCGCACCCAUCUACGUUUACCAUGGAUCUGUCUACAUCAGAGUUUAUUUCCACUCCACAAUUUCGACAUUUGUCAUGACGUAUCAAGAGGUAGACUUCGAAGAGAACAUCUGUACUCUACCGAGUCUGGUUUUUGCUGACACCACUGUCCAGGAAGUUGUGACGCCCAACUUCAGGAACGGUCCAUAUUUUGACAAUGUCGAUUGCGAAGUCGUGAUCGAAAGUAACAUCACUGGUGCGAGGGAAGUAAAGGUUGAGGUUACGUCUUUCGAUAUGGAGUGUUGUUGUGACGAUGUACGAAUAUGUGACGAUGACGGCUGUCUUAGUUUGUGUUAUACAUCCAAAAGGAUCUUCCGUGGAAGCAAUGUUACAAUUCGUCAUUGGUCAGAUUACUCUUUGGGUUUCAAUGGUAUGAGAUUAGAAUACACCGUAGAUUUUACUGACUGGACUCCGUGGAAGAGCAACGCCUGUUACCGUGACUGUACCACCAAACAACGCCUGGUCGACGACACUAGAACAAGGGCUUGCCUCAAGGACAGCUGCAUGGGCGAGACGAACCAGAAACGAACCCGGGUCUGCAGAACCACGUGUAAGGAUUGCGUCCUCGGGAAUUAGUUCCGGUCUGACAGAAUACAAAGAAUAAUAUUCUGUAAAUGGAUUCAAGAUAUGGUUGCGCAUUCAUCACUGACUAGAGAGGGAUUCACAAAGCUGAAAAUGUUUCGGUGCAAAUACUGAUAUUUGAAAGUAUUUCUAGGGGAAAAUCAACACGGUAUCUGCUUAUAUUAUUUGAAGACAUGUCUAUCUUGGAGGGCCAACAACUUUUUGCAUUUUGUUUUCUUUUAAAUUGCUUU